GGGUUGAUUAUUCCUUAGUUGCUGAAGUUUGGGAUGUUCAAUCAAUCGAACAUAAUUCACAUGUUGGACAGAAUUCUGAAAAGGCCUAUUUUUAUAUUUUUCUUAUUCUAAGACAUUGGUACAAAGAUGAAUUUAUAGACGCGGUGGUUGCUGAUGAGCUAUUUGUUAGAAACAAAUCAUUAAAAAAAAACAGUUCAACACCAUCCUUACCUUCUUUUCCAGAUGUUGCUGAUUUGUGGAAUACCAUGCUUAUUGAAUCUCCUGUACAAACUGUAGCAAAAGUGAUUGGCCGCAAACAAUCAAUUAAAGAAACAUUGCUUGGACUUGCCCGUAAAUGUGUAGAAGUAGUUAAUUACGAUGAUUUAAAUGAUUCAAAGAUUUUAAUAGAAAUAUUUAAGGAAUGGAUACGCAUCUAUGAGAAAGCACAAUAUGACAAACGAACUAUAGAACAGGAACUGAAUGAUGAUCAAAUUGCAGAAAAUAAUCAAGAUACAGAGAGUAAUCAAGAUACAGAGAGUGAUCAAGAUACAGAGAAUAAUCAAGAUAUCAGAACGAUACAACUAGAUGUUCAGGAUCUAUUUAAAUAUAUUGGGAAAGGGUGCCCUCUAAAAAGCGUAUAA